GGAAGGAAACCAUCGAUGUUUAUUACUUUUUUAUUGUAAAAUUCGUUGUUUUAUCUGUAUCUUUUUUAAAUUUAUUCACUUCAAAAUUUGGUUUCAACUGUUUUGUGUACCGCGUGUUUUAAAAUUGUUAUAGUUUUAGAAAGAAAACCGCUUGUAAAACGGAUUCAUUUUUCGUUCUGUGAGCCAUAGUUGAUGGCUGGUGUGAGAUUACCGUUACUCGAUGAGAAUGUCGACGGGAUCGUUCCCUGGGACGAGGAGGAUGAAGACUUUAAACUGCUAACGGAUAUCGAAGCGGCCGCCGAUACCGAUAUGGAGAUAGACCGUGGUGCCCGCGAAAUGGAACGGGAACAUGAAAGUCUCAUGUUCACCGACAACGAAAGUCUACCGGAAACGGUAUCGUCCGACAUGAGCAUGGACGGAAUAGUUUUAGAUUCUGACGACGAAGAUGCUCUGGAAGAGUAUUCGAUCUAUCAAGAGGCUAAAAAGAUUAAAAAACAAGCGGAAGCUGAAACGCAGGAACAAGAAGCGAUCGAAAACGGAAACUUUCACACUGGCGAAAGUGAACCGGAAAAGGAUCUAGAUGCCAUUAACCGACGGUACUUGGGCAAGGGAAACGUGUCCCAGAAACCUCAAACCAUGACCAGUGCGUCCGGUGAACUGGCAAUAUUGAAUUUAAGGAGACCGAUACUGCCCGCGAAACAGCUUCUAUGCAACUAUUUGAAGCGCAUGGAACAAGGGCCACUUCAAGGAGAAAACCCGAAACAAUCUAAGGAAAACAUCAACAGCCAGUUGAAAAUGUCGUCAUCAAACUUGGCGGUCGACACGAUUUUGGCGCCCAGCAAACGACGAGCGCUUUGCGAGAAAAAUGGAAAGUAAACCUGCUGUGACGAUCGGAUCUCAAGAAGAUCUUUAUUUGUUUGAGAUGAUCUAACAAAUUUUGAUAUCAUUAAGACCAAAUAUUCAAAUGUGAAUAAAAGAAAGACGUUUUUUUUUAUUCAUUUUUCCUUGAAAAUCAGCAGAAAAUCAAUUUUGAUAAAAUUACGAUCAAUGUGAUGCAGAACAUGUUGUAAACAAAUGCUGAAGAGAUGAGCUUGAUAGACGCAAAGCGAGAAAAUUUAUCACGUAAAUUGUUAUGGACUGCUGGUGUCUUCACUUACCCCGCUUUAUGGGGUAAGUGGGGACGGUAGAUUUGCCCUUUGAUUUCUCAGGAAAUUGUCAACAAAUUUGUGUUUUCUUGGUUGAAUAGUUACUUUAUUGCUUGAGCCGUCCAAAAUUUUGAAAAAAGUUUUUGGUACCUACUAUUAGUAAAGCAUCUUUCAAUGAUUAUUGAGUGUAAUUUAUGUU